AUGGAUGCUUCUACGGAUAAGAAUUGUCUGCUCUGCGAUGCACCUGAUACUGUUGAUGAUAUGGUCCAGUGUGGUCAGUGUGAGUUGUGGGCGCAUUACGGAUGUGCUGGAGUCGAUGAUGAAAUUAAGAAAAGGCCCUGGAGUUGCCCGAAAUGCGCGAACCUGCUGCAGGUUCAAAAGCCCAAAACAAAAUCCAAGACAAAGAGUGGAUCGAAAAGUGAUGCCGGGUCGGUGAAGAGCGUGAUUUCGGCAAUAAAGCAACUGGAAGAGGAGCAGGCAGCGAUGGAAAAGGAGCUGGAAGAAGAAAAGGAGCUCCGUGAAAAACGGUUGGUCAUGGAGAAAACUCUACGAGAGAAGCGUAUGGAACAAGAAAGAGAUUUACGUGAAAAGGAGUUCCGACAACAACAAGAGCUACGGGAGAAGCAGCUGUUGGAGGAGAGGGAAAUGCUGGAGCGUAACCUAGCUGCUGAAGAGGAAUUCCUGCGAAAGCAGCAUGCACUACGUGAGCAGUUCCAGAUCAAUAAGAAGAACUCUGCUAAGAAAUGGACAGAUGCGGAUGGUGCUGUGGGCGGCGGCUUUGAAGUAGACAGACGGUCAGAAGUCCCAGCCGAUGAAAAGGUGAAGAAUUGGUUGAAGGAGCAGAAAUCAUCUCCAGAUGAGAAAGGUGAUCCCAGAGGAGCCUAUCCAAAGAACACAAUUACGAAGGUGGAUAAUCAACCGACCAAGAAGAAACUGUCCAAGAUGGAAAGACUGAAAGCAUUGUUAGAGGAGGAGAGUAGUUCCGCGGAUGAAGGCGAAAGAGAAGCAGAAGAAGAUGGGAAACCCGUUCAGCAACCGCAAGAACCAACCCGACUAAAUCAGAGGGAGCAGAGGUCAUACGGGCCGGGGCAUCGGUUGACACAAGACCAGCUUGCUGCACGCCAAGUGAUGUCGAAACAGCUUCCAGUCUUCAAAGGUGAGCCCGAGGUAUGGCCUCUGUUCAUCAGCAGCUUUGAAAACACGACCAAAGCUUGCGGGUUUACCAACCUGGACAAUCUCAAGCGUCUGCAGGACUGCCUUCUGGGAGAGGCCCUCGAGGCGGUCAGAAGUCGAUUGAUCCUACCGGAAUCAGUUCCGGGAGUGAUAAGUGAUCUCCGAAAUCUUUUCGGGAAACCAGAAAAACUCCUCAAAGCAUUUCUUAUGAAGGUUCGAAGAGCUCCUUCUCCAAAGGCCGAGAAGCUAGAGACCUUCCUUCACUUCGGAAUUACGGUGAAACAAUUAUGCGAUCACCUGGAAGCGGCCGGACUGGCAGACCACUUAAACAAUCCAAUGUUGGUCCAGGAACUUGUAGACAAACUGCCGCCACACUACAAGCUUGACUGGGUGCGGUUCAAAAGGUUUUCCCACGGUACUCCUCUUCGUAUGUUCACCGACUUUAUGAGCGGUGUCGUCUCGGAUGUGUCCGAGGUCGCAGAGUUCUCAGCACUGGAGCUAAAUGAGUCAUCCUUUCCAAGGAAUAAGAGCGCAAAGAAGAGAGAAUUCGUUCAUAUGCAUUCCGCCCCUCCCAAGGUGGAAAGGCCACAUGGUGACAAAGCUGCCAAGCCAUGUUGGAUGUGUAAACGGUCGGAUCACAAAGUAAGAUUUUGUGACGACUUUAAAAAAUUAAACGUCACCGACAGACUGAAAGUAAUUGAAAAGCAUAAGCUUGGUGUGCUAUGUCUCAAUAAUCACGGAAAGAGCCGCUGUAGUUUCAAGCUGCGUUGCAGUGUUGGAGAUUGUCAGGAGUACCAUCAUCCACUUUUGCAUCGUACCAAGGAGACGGUACAGGCGUUGGAAGUGCAGUGCAAUACUCACAGUCAUUCCAAUAGGUCGAUCAUCUUCCGGAUGGUACCAGUAUCGCUUUCGGUAGGGGACCAGUCAGUGGACACACUGACGUUCCUAGAUGAGGGUUCGUCAGUUACGUUAAUCGAGGAGACGAUCGCUAACCAACUCCAAGCAAAGGGGACCCCAGAACCAUUAAUUGUGUCGUGGACCGGCAAUAUGAAGAGGUACGAAGAUGCAUCCAGACGAGUCGAUUUAAUGUUGUCAGCAAGGGACUCGGAUAAAAAACUUUUACUGCUUGGAGCACGCACAGUUUCCGAACUGGUGCUCCCGAAACAGGAAGUGCGUUUUCAAGAACUUACGAAGCGCUACGCUCACCUGCGUGAUCUACCGGUAGCGGAUUCAAAAUUCGAAGAUCCGAAGAUUAUAAUCGGCCUGGACAACCUUCACGUGUUCGCUCCGCUGGAAGCGCGGAUCGGUCGACCCGGUGAGCCGAUUGGCGUGAGAAGCAAGAUAGGGUGGACAAUUUACGGGCCUGAGAAGCAGAUCCCGUCAUUGAUGCAACACGUCAAUUUUCAUAUGACGGAAGAGGUCACCAAUCAGGAACUUCAUGACAUCUUUCGAAUCCAAUAUGAUCUAGAACAACAAGGUGUAUCUCCGACUGGCGUUCCAGAAUCGGAAGAAGACCUUCGAGCCCGAGAGAUACUGCGUACAACCACUAUUCGUGUCGGCGAUCACUUCGAAACAGGGCUGCUCUGGCGGAAGGACGAGAGAAAUUUUCCUGAUAGUUACAACAUGGCAAAACAGCGAUUGCUGACAUUAGAACGACGCUUGGAGAAGAAACCACAGCUUCGAGAAAAGAUACGGCAACAAGUCAAGGAGUACCAGUUGAAACAGUACGCGCAUCUAGCGACCGAGGAGGAACUGUCCGAAUCCGAUCCGGCAACAGUGUGGUACCUUCCACUGAACGUUGUGGAGAAUCCACGCAAACCCGGAAAGGUGCGUCUUGUAUGGGACGCUGCAGCUGCUGUCCGAAGUGUCUCGUUAAACUCGGAAUUGCUGAAGGGACCAGAUAUGCUGAUCUCGCUCCCAUCGGUCAUCUGUCGCUUCCGGGAACGGCGCUACGGUUUCGGUGGUGACAUCAAAGAGAUGUACCACCAAAUCAAAAUCAGGAAAGAAGAUAAAAAUGCACAACGGUUUCUGUUCCGAAAUGAUUCAGCGGAUCCUGAGCCUCAGGUCUACAUCAUGGAUGUUGCAACUUUCGGGGCAACCUGCUCGCCGUGUUCCGCACAAUUUAUAAAAAACUUGAACGCAGGUGAAUUUGCCAGCCAGUACCCGGAAGCGGCAGCAGCCAUUGCAAACCGCCAUUACGUAGAUGACUACUACGACAGCGCCGAUACUAUUGCGGAGGCGGUAAAGCUGGCCAGGGAGGUGAAGUACAUUCACUCACGCGGUGGGUUCCAUAUAAGAAAUUGGGUGAGCAACUCGGAGCAAUUUGUACGUGAGAUGGGAGAAGAAUGUGUUGGUCCUACUGUACAUUUCAAGGACAAGAGCUCUGUUGCCGAACGCGUCUUGGGUGUAUCCUGGAACACGACAAAUGAUGCUUUCCUGUUCACCGCUCCUCCUAGGAUGACUGAUGAUGAGCAUCCCACGAAACGAAGCGUCCUCAGCCACAUAAUGUCCAUGUACGACCCGAUUGGAUUCCUGUCACCAUUCACCGUGCAGGGCAAAAUACUGGUGCAGGAUUUGUGGAGGACCGGUUGUGAGUGGGACGAACCAAUCGAAGAAGAAUCGCACAACAAGUGGAGGAGUUGGAUAAACUUACUGCCGGAGAUCGAAGCAGCCAGAAUUCCGAGGGCGUACUUCGGGGACGCUUCAUCGGAUGAGUUAACCGAUGUCCAACUUCAUAUACUCACCGAUGCUAGCGAGAAAGCGAUUGGUUGCGUGGCGUAUUUUCGGGUGACGAUCGGAGAAGAAAUUCGGUGUGCGUUGGUGAUGAGUCGAACGAAGGUGGCGCCGUUGAAGCAACUGACGAUUCCGCGGCUGGAGCUCCAAGCCGCUGUUAUGGGAGCGAGAUUGGCGAAGACGGUGUGUGCCAGCCACAGCAUCAAAAUAUCACGAAAGUUCUUUUGGACCGAUUCCCAAACGGUCCUUUCGUGGAUUCGUUCAGACCAGCGGCAAUACAAACCGUUCGUAGGAUUCCGUAUAGGGGAGAUUUUAGACCUCACCAGGUUGACAGAUUGGCGAUGGGUGCCAACUAAAUAUAACGUCGCUGACAGGCUGACGAAGUGGAGCUGUGACCAGAGUUUCGACACGGGAAGCGUGUGGUUCAAGGGACCAUGUUUCUUAUACCAGGAUGAAGCAGACUGGCCUCAGCAAUCCAGACCUUCAGCGAAUACUGCGGAGGAGCUUAGGGCGUAUUACUUGUUCCACGAUGUUGCCGUUCCGGAGCCUUUGGUUGAUGUCAAGCGGAUUUCAAAGUGGAGCGUAUUAGUCCGAACGGUGGCAUGUGUCUUCAGAUUCAUCUCGAACUGCAGGCGGAAGGUGAAAGGUUUGCCAAUUGAGACUCUUAAGCCGACGCAGGCGCAAGUGAAGGUGUUGCUCCCGGUUUCCAUCCCUAUGGUUCGCGUACCGCUGAAGCAGAAGGAAUUUCGUUGUUCCGAAUGUUUUCUUAUAAAAAUUGUUCAGGCAGAGACAUACGGAGACGAACUCAAAGUGCUCACGAAAAAUCAGCAAAGGCAAGCAGCAAAGUGGUACCCUCUAGAAAAGGGCAGUCCUCUCUACAAGUUAACUCCAUUGCUGGACCCUGAUGGUGUCAUCCGGAUGGAAGGCCGCACCGGGGAUGCCGAAGAGUUACCAUUUGAACUACGCUUCCCAAUCAUCCUGCCGAGGGACCACGAGGUUACAAGAAAGAUUAUUCUCCAUUUCCACGAGCGAUAUGGGCACGGUUUUCGCGAAACCGUAAAGAAUGAGCUGCGUCAGCGGUACUUCAUCCCAAAUAUCAACGCUGCAGUACGGAAGGUGGCGAGUAGCUGUUUGUGGUGUAAAGUGCACCGAAAUCAACCGCGAACACCAAGAAUGGCUCCGCUUCCAAACCAAAGACUUUCACCAUACCAGCGUGCCUUUUGCUAUACCGGGGUGGAUUAUUUCGGACCCGUGGAGGUAUCCUCUGGCCGCAGUCAUCCAAAACGUUGGGUGGUCUUAUUUACAUGCCUUGUAAUGCGUGCGGUACACCUCGAAGUCGCCAGCGACCUAACAGCAGCUUCCUGCCUGAUGGCGAUUCGAAGAUUCGUGGGUCGCAGAGGAACGCCACUCGAGUUUUGGUCGGACAACGGAACCAAUCUGAAGGCAGCCGGAAAGGAGAUUUUCGAGAACAUUCGGGUAAUCGAAGAAGAAUGCGCAGACGCCUACACUGAUGCACGCACGAAGUGGAGGUUCAUUCCACCUGCCAGUCCCCACAUGGGGGGCUCGUGGGAACGCCUCGUACGGACGGUAAAGGAGGCAUUGGUGGUCAUUCUCGAUGGAAAGAAACUCACAGACGAGAUCCUCCACACAGCGAUCAUCGAAGCUGAAGAUAUGGUGAACUCUCGUCCGUUAGUGUACGUAGCCGAAGAAGCUUCCAAUACAAUCACCCCAAACCACUUCUUGCGAGGAGUGUCGCCAAAUGAACCGCUUCUGGUUCCACCACCUCCUCACUCGGCGGAGGCCAUUCGCAAUGCAUAUUAUCGUUCCCAAGAAUUGGCUGAACAGUUGUGGCAGCGGUGGGUGAAAGAGUACGUGCCGAUGAUUAACCAGCGGAGCAAGUGGUUCAGCGAAGUAAAGCCGUUAAAAAAAGGUGACCUGGUAUACGUAGUAGACGGUAAGAACCGGAAGUUAUGGGUUCGGGGAGUCGUGGUCGAGCCGAUAGUGUCAAAGGACGGCAGGGUUCGGCAGGCUUGGGUAAGAACCAGCAGCGGAGUGUAUAGACGGCCAACAACUAAGCUUGCGGUGUUGGAGAUUGACGAGGGUAACGCUGGACCGGAUCAGGGGACCGAACCAGGAUUACGGGCCGGGGAUAUGUUAGAAACAACACCGCAGGGAACACGAGCAGCCUCGUCGGAAAACAGAAACACAAAAACGUCAAAUAGUAGACAUGUCGAAAAACGAGCUACAACUGACUCUCGGACUAGUCAAUUGUCAAAUAGGCAAAAAACAUGAAAGGUUCAUGGUGGAAAGUACGUGUUUAAAAAUCACAAGUUAAAAUAAAGUUAUUCCUAAAUUGAUUAUACUAGUUAAAAUAAUAGAUAUAACUAGUGAAUUUGUGGAACUACAGCCGUGAGUAAUCUCAUACAUAAUUGGAAUAUUGUACCUAAUUAAAAUGAUAAAGACAGGACACAAAACGGAUUAAAACGAACAACACGUGGGUUAAGAUUCGCAGAUAAAAGGCAAUCUUGCGAGGCAGAAAAUCUAUUGCAGGAGGAAGAGAAACUAAAUCUUUGAUCUACUAACAGCGAAGUUGAUCCAAAGAAUUUCUUUCCGUAAUCCGAAC